CCCUGCUGGUGAUGACCAUAUGCAGCCAAUGCUGAUGUGAACCCGAGUGAUGAACAAAUGCAGAUCUGCAAAGGAGCUGUCCUGAGGCACCAUGCUUACUCAAGUCAUGCAGCGAGAGUCAGACGAUCUGAGUUCGUACACAGUUUGUACUGCUCCUACCGAAGAACUGGGCUCGUCCAUGCUGAAAGAAGCGUUUGGCAUGCCUGGAAAAGUACAUCAAAGCACACCCCAUCUGGCUGACUGCACUACCUCAAGGAAACUGCCUUUCUCCCAUCUGCAAGUUCCUAAGAAGUUACUAAUGAAGCAAGCCAGCAGGGCGUACGUGUUAGGCAUGGCAGCAUGGAGAACAAAUAAACAUGAGUAUUUGGUGCAAGAUGCAUUCAUUGAUUCCGUGCUGCAUCAACAUGUGGCUGCAUGCUUGGCCACGUGUAGACACAGCAAGUAAACUCGUUAACCUCAAUGGUAAAAGGUUGUCUAUAAUCACGUUAAGAAGCACGAUGUCUUAUUUUUGUAAAAAAAUUGCAUGGCUCGACUUUGCGUCCAACACCCAUCGUUAUCUACCCAUUAUCUGCCCAUCACCCAGCAUACACCCGGUAUGUCCAUCACCCACCGUCCACCCAUCAUCUGUCCAUCACCCAAUAUCCACCCACCAUCCGUCCAUCAUC